UACGGCACGAUGGUCGCACAAGAAUGUGAUAGAGCCUCGACGGCCGCCAUUUUCUUCCUUUCUUAGCGGUUAGCCAAGAGGGGAGCCUCCGCGAGGAAGCGGCAGCGGCGGCUGUAGCGUGGCCAUGGCCGACUACUCAACGGUGCCUCCGCCCUCGUCUGGCUCAGCCGGCGGCGGCGGCGGAGGAGGCGUUAACGAUGCUUUCAAAGAUGCCCUGCAGAGAGCCCGGCAGAUUGCAGCAAAAAUUGGGGGUGAUGCUGGUACAUCAUUGAAUUCAAAUGACUAUGGUUAUGGGGGACAGAAGAGACCCUUAGAAGAUGGAGAUCAACCAGAUGCAAAGAAAGUUGCUCCCCAAAAUGACUCUUUUGGAGCACAGUUACCUCCGAUGCAUCAGCAGCAAAGCAGAUCUGUAAUGACAGAAGAAUACAAAGUUCCAGAUGGAAUGGUUGGAUUUAUAAUUGGCAGAGGAGGAGAACAGAUUUCACGCAUACAGCAGGAAUCUGGAUGCAAAAUACAGAUAGCUCCUGAUAGUGGUGGCCUUCCAGAAAGGUCUUGUAUGCUAACCGGAACACCUGAAUCUGUCCAAUCAGCAAAAAGAUUACUGGACCAGAUUGUUGAAAAGGGAAGACCAGCACCUGGCUUUCAUCAUGGAGAUGGACCUGGAAAUGCAGUUCAGGAAAUCAUGAUUCCAGCCAGCAAGGCAGGACUCGUUAUUGGAAAGGGGGGAGAGACUAUUAAACAGCUUCAGGAACGGGCUGGUGUUAAAAUGGUUAUGAUUCAAGAUGGGCCUCAAAAUACUGGUGCUGAUAAACCUCUUAGGAUUACGGGUGACCCAUACAAAGUUCAGCAAGCCAAGGAGAUGGUAUUAGAGUUAAUUCGUGAUCAAGGUGGUUUCAGAGAAGUGCGGAAUGAGUAUGGCUCAAGAAUAGGAGGAAAUGAAGGGAUAGAUGUCCCAAUUCCAAGAUUUGCUGUUGGCAUCGUAAUAGGAAGAAAUGGAGAAAUGAUCAAAAAAAUACAAAAUGAUGCUGGUGUUCGAAUUCAGUUUAAGCCAGAUGAUGGAACAACACCCGAUAGGAUAGCACAGAUAACAGGACCUCCAGACAGAUGUCAGCAUGCUGCAGAGAUUAUCACAGACCUUCUACGAAGUGUUCAGGCUGGUAAUCCUGGUGGACCUGGACCUGGUGGGCGAGGACGAGGCAGAGGUCAAGGCAACUGGAAUAUGGGACCACCUGGUGGACUACAGGAAUUUAAUUUUAUUGUGCCAACGGGGAAAACUGGAUUGAUAAUUGGAAAAGGAGGCGAAACCAUAAAAAGCAUAAGCCAGCAGUCUGGUGCAAGAAUAGAGCUUCAGAGAAAUCCUCCUCCUAACGCAGAUCCUAAUAUGAAGUUAUUUACAAUUCGUGGCACUCCCCAGCAAAUAGACUAUGCUCGGCAACUCAUAGAAGAGAAGAUUGGGGGCCCAGUAAAUCCUUUAGGGCCACCUGUACCCCAUGGGCCCCAUGGGGUUCCAGGUCCUCAUGGGCCUCCUGGGCCUCCAGGGCCUGGAACUCCAAUGGGACCAUACAACCCUGCACCUUACAAUCCAGGACCACCUGGUCCAGCUCCUCAUGGUCCUCCAGCCCCAUAUGCUCCCCAGGGAUGGGGAAAUGCAUAUCCACAUUGGCAGCAACAGGCUCCUCCUGACCCAGCUAAGGCAGGAGCGGAUCCAAAUUCAGCAGCUUGGGCUGCUUAUUAUGCCCACUAUUACCAACAGCAGGCACAACCCCCACCUGCAGCUCCUACAGGUGCACCAACUACAACCCAAACGAACGGUCAAGGUAACUACGGAGAUCAGCAGAAUCCAGCUCCAGCUGGACAGGUUGAUUAUACAAAGGCUUGGGAAGAGUACUACAAGAAAAUGGGUCAAGCAGUUCCUGCUCCUACUGGGGCCCCACCAGGUGGGCAGCCAGAUUAUAGUGCAGCCUGGGCUGAAUACUAUAGACAACAAGCAGCAUACUAUGCCCAGACAAGUCCCCAAGGAAUGCCGCAGCAUCCUCCAGCACCUCAGGGCCAAUAAUAAGAAGUGGACAAUACAGUAUUUGCUUCAUUGUGUGGGGGAAAAAAACCUUUGUUAAAUAUAUGGAUGCAGACGACUUGAUGAAGAUCUUAAUUUUGUUUUUGGUUUAAAGUAGUGUUUUCCCCCCCUUUUUUAUUUUGAAAAUGUACAAAAUAUCUAUCACUACUGAUAGGAGGUUAAUAUUUCUGUGUAGAAAUGAAAAUUGGUUUGUUUUUAGUCUUUAGUGUAGAUGUACACAUUCCAGCAAAUGUAUUUGCAACUAUUAUGUGGUCAAUGCUUUGUGAUAUAAAUGUACUUUUUCAAUGUAUACUUUCACUUUUAAAAUGCCUGUUUUGUGCUUUACAAUAAAUGAUAUGAAACCUCCUGUGUCGGUAAGUUGGAUAUGUGGGUAAAGGAUUCAUAAUUUCUUAGCAGUGAUAAAUUAAGAUACAUAUACACAACUAUAUAAGCUUUCCCCAUGAAUUACUGAGUUUUUAAACACUGGCAUGUUUUUCCCCCUUGCAGUAUAGUGGUAGAUUGGAGGAUCUUUUCUGUUGUAUUUGGCUAUUUCAGCACAAGUAAUCCUGAUAUCUUCAUUUUUUUCUUCUAUUUGAUUAAAAAGUGCAUGUGUAUACAAUGAUCUUUAGUAUACUUCCAUUGCAUUAACAGUGAAAUUUCCUUUUAUAUGUGAGCACUGUUUACAUGUGAGACCUGUACUGCUGCUACAACAGUUAACCUUUCUGUUUUUCACUUAUUUCCAAGACUGUUUCAGCAUAACUAAUUUUGAACAGUUUUCAGACAGUGAUUUGAGUAGUUUAUAAGAAGCUUUUUGUUUUUCAUGUAAAGCAACUCUUUCAAUGUAUAUAAUAGUGUGUUUCUUUCUAAAUUUAGGGUAGAAAAGUAAAUAGUAUGCAAAAAUAUAGCUACAUUGCAUCUGCCAUUGAAACAUCUGGGGUAUGAAAACGUUCCAGCUUUUUUCAUUUUGCAUUAUAGAUAAGCCUUGUCUUGUAAUUGCACAAGUCCAGUCAUUGAAUCAAAUUAAUUUUUUGUGUACUUGAAUCAUUUUAUUACUCUUUUAACAUUCAUGCUGAAGUUCUGAUAUUGUUGAAAACCAUUGUUUUAUUCUGCAUAUUUGUUGGCUCUUUGCAUAUUAAUAUAUUAGACUACAUGCAAAUACAGUCUGUCUUGCCAUUGUCUGUUGAAGUGCAGGUUUGAUCCAGCCAGUAUAGGACUAGCUCUGUAGGGGUGAGGAGGACUGUGCUGUGUAUCAUCAUUGAUUGUGUUCCUUCAAGGAGCAUUGCACUGUAAGUACAUCAGAAUGACAAAUUGAUGAACUGCAACAGUGUCUCUUUGUCGAUGUUCCACAUAAUGCAAUUGCUAUAUUUUGUGUGAAUAUUAUGUUGGAAUACAGUGCUGAUAUCAUGGGAAAACAUAACUGCCUUUUAACAUAGAAUAAUACAUAGUUCUGUAUGUUUUUUUUAAGUGAGCUUAAUGGGUAAGUAUUUUUGAUAUGCUUUAGCUAAUAGCUAAAGAAGAUUGAUCAUUAACAAAGUUGAAUAGUAUUGUCUAUCGGUGCUCCUAAAAUGCCGAUUUUUCAGUGUAAGAUAUGCAUCUUUAACAGUGAUAUGAAAAACUUGAAAUGUGUAAGACAGUGCUUUUCAGAUUGCAAAUUAUAAGCAAUGUAGCACUUAGCCUCUUUUCAUAGAUAUGUUUUAUCUGUGGUGAGCACCAUGUGUUUUGCAUAUGCUUUAAAGGAAGAGGUAUGAGGACAGAAAUGUUGAGGUAAUAGGGCAGAAAACAGUACAGCUCAUUGUGGAUGUUUUGAAAUGUUUUUUUGAUUGUUUUAUGUAACUUUGAGUGACUUCCCUUACCCUUAUUAGAUAUGGAUACAUAUUCUAGUUUGAAGUUUAAUAGCUAAGGAGUUAACUAUUAAGUGUAGGGUAUUGACAUGAACAGUUUCAGUAUUGCAUGAUGUUGUUGCAUAGAUGGAUGACCUAGGAAAGUGGUGCAUUUAGUAAUUAAACUGAAGGAAAUAGUUGAAUUCAGUAUCAUUCACAAAUUGGAGGCUGUUGAUUUUGAUUCGUUUAAAGUUUAAAAUCCUUAUUAAUUGCAAACAGUGCAAUUAUUUAUACUUCACAGUGCCUUCCCAGACCUUCCACCUUAGGUUCUGCUGCAAAAAGCAACAGGUAAGCACAACCUAAGGACAUAUAUAUAAAUAUAUCAGUACAUUAAUGUUGUCCCUGUGAGGUUUUUGUGGUUGUGUACUCAAAAGCAAUCUGCUGCUGCUUCCCCAAAUGUAUUUUGUUAUUUAUGCUACCAUUCUAGUGGAAAGUCUGUUAAUUUGUUGAAGCAACUGUUUAUAAUUUUGGGUAAUUGUUUUUAUUUUCAUUUUUUCAUUAAAAUGAAAUGAGUAGAUUGCUGCUAUAACUGGCAAACAUCCAGAUCUUUUUGUACCCAUUUUCCCCAAGUUAAUAGACGUGUUACAGUAAGAACAGUUAAAUAGUUAAGACUUAGAAAAUCAUUUGGUCAGAAAUUUCAACAGCCUUCACAGCCUGUUUGUAUAACUGACAGGACAUUUUCUUUACCCUCCAAGCCUGUGGUUUUAGUUUUGGUUUUAUUUUUUCCUCCUUUAUUAUUACUGCUUUAAAGUAUAGUGAUUCAGUAAGAACAUUUUGAGUCAGUUUCCUAGACAGUUCUGAUUUCAUGACUUGUAUAUGCUGACAAGGAAGACUAAGGAAUACUGGCAGUAAGUUUUGAAAAAAAAGGCAUGUGCAUCAGUGAAAUGUUAACUGUCAAAUAACUUUUCAUAGUCUGCAUAACCAAGUUUCUGAUUUAUUAUAUUUUAAUAACUGACGCUGCAUUUUUUUUGCCAGUUUACAAUGUUUGUGUUAUUAGGAAUGAUGCUUAACUAGUACAUAUUUUGACUUAAGAUGACUGUCUUAAAGCAGCACCGUAUCAGUUUUGUUUUUAAUUCAGUUUCUAAAUGUGCUGAUCCUAUUAAAAACUCCUGCUUAUCUUAACAACAAAGAAAAAUAUUCAAAAAUACUGCCUUCAUUUUCACACACAGUGCUGAAGAUGCUGCAAGCACCAAAUCAUAGCUCAUAAAAUCAGGUCCUGAGAUAGUUACCCAUAAAGAGGAAUCCUUUGAGUGUAUGCCAUUGGUGAGCCGAUGAGCAUGGACCAUAGAAGGGCUCAAUGUAGAAGGUAAAAUUGGCAAAUCAUAAUUGAGAAAUAUGAAAUGUAUUCCCAUCCAUAAUAUGGUAUAGGGUAUGAUGUACCUGCUCUUAAUCUUGAUCACUUUUCAUUUUAAAGUGCUAUUCACUUAAAUGUUCCAUGAACUGUUAAAAUUAUAUAGUUAUUACACACACUGUGAGUGUGUGUGUGUGUGUGUGAGAGAGAGGGGGGGGGGAGAGAGGGAGGAAAGAGGGGGUUGGGUCAGUAUCUCUUUAGAGCCUGUGAAGUUUUGGUUAGCUGUAGUUUGUGUUUGGAAAUCUGGAUGAAUGCUUAUAGAUAUUGGGGAUUGUUUCUAUCUUGUGAGAAGUUUGAAUUCAUUACCAUAAACCUUCACUGGUUUAAAGCAUUUUAAAUAGCACCAAACUUAACUUGUAAGUAAACUGGAAAGCAGAAAAGGUGAGCCAGUUGAUUUGAAUUCAGCAGAUUUUUAAGGUAGAAAUUGAAUGGUUUUGAUUGAAAUUAAACUCAUUUAAACAAGUUUACAGAUUUUUUUUAAAAUGACAUACAUGUUAGUGGAGUGAUAACUUAGUAUUCAUUGCUUUGAUGUUUGUUUCAGAAAUGUAUACUUGUUUUUUAGUAAUGAGAAUCAUUUUAAUGUUAAAACUAGUAAUUUGAUACUAGUUAUAAAGUAUAUUAAACAAAUAUCUUGGUAGUUAAUUCAUUAAAGUCAGUUUAGUUAGGAAUAGCAAGUGCUUCCCUGUUUUCAUUCACUUUUGAAUGCUUUGCCAAUACAACCAGUUCUUCCUGAAAGUAGUUAACAUGUUGUCUUAGAAUGUUGAUAAUAGAAUUAACUGAUCACUGGAGAUGUCUUUUUUGUUGUUGUUGUUUUUUAUUUUUUUUGCAAAUUCUGCCUGGCGUUAAAAUGCAUUUUCAUAAUACUUAGAUAAUUUGACCAAAAAUAACCCUGCUUUUUGUUUGAUCAAUCGAAUUGAGAAAUUUUUUUAAAUGAUAACUUUAAAAAGCAAAUGCCAGGGCUUUAGUUUCUUGAGUGAUACCCUAAAGAAACUCUUAAUGUAUUUGCAAAUAUAUAUAUAUAUUUUCUUAUGCAUGCUCGAUGCAUUUUCGUCCUGAGAAAAGUGUUCUCUACAGAAACUACCCGUGUGUUAAAAGAAGAUUGGCUUAAAAUGGCUACUGUGAUGGGAACAGUGUCUUAGGGAGAUGCAGCUUGGACUGGAGGUAAAUUGAAUACUUUACAAACUGGUUUAGAGUUUUGCUUUAUUGACAUUGUAUGUAAAGGGCAAUGGAUUGUUGUGAUUUUGUAUUCUUUAUGGUUUUCUUAAUUUAAAACAAUAAAUGUACAGUGAUGACUUACCAGA